AUGUCCUACAUUGGACAUUCGACCGCCGGAACGAGCUCUGUAACACAUACAGGAAAUACGACCCCCCACAUAAUCCUAAUAAACAGCCACGGUCUCAACAACUCUAAGAAAAUAAAAAUACACACAUACACAAUAUACCAAACCAACCACACAGGAGAACGAAACGAUGGCGUUGCUCUCGCCAUCAAAAACAACAUAAAUCACAAAAUAUACAACAACUUCAACUCAGAGCUCAUUGCGGUGGAAAUUAACACACCACACGGCCCCAUAAUCAUAGCCACCGUUUACCUACCACCGAGACGCCCAUACAUACCGGACCAGGACAUAUUCCAGCUGCUCAGACACCGAAAACCCACCUACAUACUUGGAGAUUGGAAUGCACAGCAUCCCACUUUCGGGUACAAUCACACAAAUGCCGUAGGUCGCGGCCUGGUCUCACGCAUCCUCGAUGGCACACUUACACACAUCGGACCCCACUUCCCAACAUUCAUAAACAACCGGACUGCAACCACACCAGACAUUGUACUAACAAAUAGAUACGCCCAUCUUAACAUACACCUAUCACAAGGAGAGAUAACCACAAGUGAUCAUCUCCCCAUAAUCGCAACACUAUCAACAAAUCCAAUCAUGGUGCCCACACUUCCAAGAGAAAACUACAGAAACGCAGACUGGGACUCCUUUAAAGAAGCCCUCUCUCACACAAACACUCCUGAUCUCCAAGGAUGUCCAACCUCAGACAUUGAUAAUAGUGUUGAAUCCUGGUACUCUGAUAUCAACAGGGCAAGGCAAAGGCACAUUCCAAAGACAACACACAGAACCAUACCACAGCAUAAACAAAAUGACACUCUCCGCUCACUCACCACACAAUACACCAACAUCCAAAACCUUGCACAGACCCGAGGAUGGGACCGAGAACUCAGAACAAGGUACAAACAAAUACAAGCACAAUUACACAAUGUGAACAAAGAAUUACAUGCAGAGACCUGGACACGCCUUGCAAACGAACUCUGCCAAAACCACAAAGACCCUAAACAAUUCUGGAUGGCAUACAAGGAACUCAUGGGCACAAACAAACAACAUUGCUCCUUCAUCUACAAUGAACAAAAUGAAAAAAUCUACACACAAGACAUGGAAACGAUUCACAGAAGCCACAGGACUAUUUCCGGCCCUGUUCAAGAAAGCAACCCUCUCCCUCAUCCCCAAACAAACAAGUCAGUCCAUUAUGUCACCAACUACAGACCGAUCUCUCUGCUCGAGAUCCCUGGGAAAAUACUCGAACGCAUCAUAACAAACAGACUCAACACCCACCUCGAAGCAAACAACAUCCACAACCCCCGUCAAUAUGGGUUCAGAGCACACAGAGGCACAGAAAGCGCCAUUGCCCUCGCCUAUGAGGAAGUAGCACUCGGCCUCGCAAACAAAAAACAAACAAACAUCAUUCUCAGGGACAUCAGCAAAGCAUUCGACAAAGUUUGGCACGAUAGGCUAAAACUCAAAAUCAUAAAUCUACAACUACCACACAACUUCACUCGCCUACUCUGCAACUUCCUCAACAACAGAACCGCAAACAUCCGCCUUGAAAACCACCUUGGACCCCCCAUCCCCCUCAGGAGUGGGGUAUCCCAAGGGAGCAUUUUAUCACCAACACUGUUCAUUCUAUACACAGCCGACCUCCCACUACCAGCACCAUUCAGCAACCACAUAUCAUAUGCAGAUGACAUCACUCAAAUCAUCACACACCCCAGCAAAUCAAAGCACAUCAUGAAACGUGCCACAGAAACUGCCAUCACUAACAUAAACAACUUCGAAAGGAAGUGGAAAAUACAAACAAAUACUCAAAAAUUCACAAUCAUCCCAGUCGCCAGACUCAACGCACCAAACAUACAAAUACAGGACACAAAGAUUCCCUAUGGCAACUCGGGGAAAAUACUUGGACUCUCCUUCAAUAGAUGGGGCAUACCACCACACAUAAAACAACGAAUAACACAAGCAACCGCAACUCUUGCCAAACUACACCGCUUCUCACAGUGCACAACACAAAAAUUAAACUAUAUAAAGCAGUUGUGA